AUGUCAAAAACCAAAAUCUUGGUCGUAUAUCCUGACCCGGACUCUCUUGAUAAAGUCAUUGAAAAAGCCAAUUUCCAGCAUGCCAAGAAUGGUCCAUUUGAGGCGGUAUUGAUGCUCGGGGACAAUAUAAUUCCCACUCCUCCAUCUAUAAAGCCUGAGGUGCCAACCUAUUUCUGUGGAGAAAUUGAAGGUGAAGGCUCAUUGGUUGAUGUUGCCGAAAACUUCAUUUGUGUUAAGAAAUCUUGGGCGAAGGUGAAGCUUCAAUCGGGAAUUACCCUUGGUUUUCUCAACAAAGCUGGAACUGAUGAGAUUCCAUCGGAAGUGGAUAUCCUAGUUUCUUACUAUUGGGCAUUUGGCGUGGCCAAAACACAGCAGCUCACUUUGGUUGGAAACAGAAAGGUUGACGAAGUCGUGGCGGCUGCCAGACCACGCUAUCAUUUCGCUGUUGGAACAGAACAAGGAAGAUUCUAUGAGCAUCCGGUAUUUGCAUGGGACAAGACCAGAAGCUCCCGAUUUAUCUCUCUAGGUCAGGAAGGAUCAGGGAUCAAAUGGUUCUAUGCAUUUGCAAUCGACAACUCUGACGACGAUAUCUCCAAAACGGGGCCCAAUCCUUUUGAAUUCAAAAGAUCACGAGAAGAAUCCGUGGGUCCAGACGAGGACAAACAAGCAAAUCAUGCUGGGCCACUAGAGAAGCUAACCAGCAUUAAUUCCCUGGAGGAAAGACCGACCAAAAGAAUGAAGGUGGUUGCUCCCUCGGAAUGUUACUUCUGUCUCUCCAAUCCUAAACUUGAGGCUCACAUGAUCAUCGCCAUAGGCUCUCACUCGUACGUGACUAUCGCCAAAGGUCCACUUCCACGUCCCACCAAAAGCCGUGACUUUUCUGGCCAUGCAAUCAUUAUUCCGAUAGACCACGGACCAACUCUUCCGUCUCCAUUGAAGGACUCUUUAGCAUUCAAGGAAAUCAACCAGUUCAAGACUGCGUUGGCCAAAGCAUUUUUAUCUACCUCACAUGCUACCGUGUUUUACGAGAUUAGUAGAUCAGAAAAUGUUCACUUCCAUGUGCAAAUGGUGCCUGUUCCGUUGGACAACGCACAAGGGGUAUUCGAGAAUGCCCUCGCAGACAGAACAAAAGUAAACAACGAGAGGUUCGAGCGGAAUCUCCAAUUGAAAUUCAUAAAGUUUGAUGAGGAAGACGAGAAUUACUGGUCUCUUCUUGAUAGUGGAAACUACCUAAAGUUCUCUCUAUACCAGAAAGAUAAAGUUGUGCAUUACAUAGCUCAGUUAUCAGGAACCUUAUCACUUGAUCUCCAGUUUCCCCGAAGAGUUCUAGCCUUCCAUCUUCGAAGCCCCAAAAGAAUUUAUUGGGAAAAAUGCCGACAAACAGUUGCACAAGAAACCACUGAUUGCGAGAAGUUCAAGAAGUUCUUCAAAAGCUACGACUUUUCCCAGUGA